AUCCUCGUUUGUCUUCAUAGAGCUGGAAGUCUGCUUCUUAUUCCACUCGUCCUUUCACUCACCGUACAAUUCCGCGCUGCUACCAUGCGUAUUCCCUCGUUUCUCUUCGCCCUCUGGGCUGCAUCUACUGUGACUGCCGCCUCUCACGGCCGACGACCCCAUCAUCACCCUGGAGGAGUCUGUACUACUACAGUCGGGAAAGGGGCGCGAACCGUAACAAAAACAAAAUACACUUCGUACGCGUCCUCUUCGCCGCAGACUGUCCGCCACGCUGACUUACGCCACGCUAGGACGACAACCAAGACAAACACCAUUACAUCGGGCAUUGCGACUUCGACGACGACAACCACGAGCCUGCCGACGAUCAGUAGCUGCGUCGCCCCUGCGAUACUACCCAGCAAACGUGACAAUUCGAAGCCUAACACUUAUGGCUGCUGGACUACUACCACCGUUACAGCACCUCACACAACAAUCACCACGACCAUAUCUCGCGUCCGUACCGUGACGUCCACCGUUACAACGGCUUCGACGACCACCACGAUCACCUCUACCGUCGCUAGCACGGCGCUGGCGACUGCCCUCUCCAACUUCGUCGGCGCCUUCUACAUCCUUGACAGCAAUAGUGGACUCGAGUUCAGCGUUGCUCAGGGUGACUUGGGCGCCGGAGACGACGUUAUUCAGCUGGCCUCAGCUGGGAGCGAGUUCAGCCUCGCGCUGGGGGCCCUGACCGUCUUUGAUGCCACCACUGGCGUCGGCGACCAGCUUUAUACCGACACCACCUUCGCCUCCAACAGCGAAGUCUAUCCAGACUACGUGUUCGCAUUCAACGCGGCCAGUCUCCCCGAUAGCGACGCGACGCUCUUGGCGUGUACUGUCUCCCAAAACGGCGACGGCACAUGCCCGUUGACGUGCACGGGGAACGGUGGCAGCGACUUCUACACCUGCGGCGAGACUGAGAACGUCGAGAUUGGCGACACGGAUGAUGGUGGGGACUGCGGCAAUUUUGUGGCUACAAUAGAGAUUUCGGCGUAUGUUGUGUCGCUCGAUGCCUUGUAA